GCGGGCGGGGGCCAGGCCCCGAGCCGGCAGGUGAGCGCUCCGGAGGCCUGUGCCCGCCGCUCGGACGGGUGCCGGCCCUGAGCGAACGGCGCUCGGGGAUGGAACCGCCUUGUUCCGCUCCCGGCCCGGGCGGCAGGAGGCGCGCCGCGCUCCGGACUUUCUCAUCUCGCCCUUCUCCCCUCGUUGCUGGGUUUAGGAGCAUCCCGUUCGUUUGGCUGUGGUUUCCAGUUGGACGCUGACGGAAGUACGUGUUAAGACAAGCCCUGCGCCGUGCAGCAAAGCCGUAUUGCUGCCACGUGAUGUCAGGGGACAGCGACUGCACGAGGACGAGUCCAUCCGCGGGGUCUCUGUCAGACACCGAGUUGCUGCCGGAUCGGCCGAAGUAUGUUUGCUCGCUGUCUCCUGAUCUCGUUACCAAAGCCCGGGAGGAGCUCCAAGAGAAACCUGAAUGGCGGCUCCGAGACGUGCAGGCGCUCCGAGACAUGGUGUGCAAAGACUACCCCUCCCUGGGGACCUGCCUGGAAGAUGCCUUUUUGCUCAGGUUCCUCAGAGCCAGGAAAUUCGAUUACGACCGAGCGCUCCAGCUCCUGGUGAAUUACCACAGCUGCCGGAGGAGCUGGCCUGAGGUCUUCAACAACUUGAAGCCUUCUGCAAUAAAGCCUGUCCUGGAGUCUGGUUUUGUCACUGUGCUGCCCCACCGGGACCCAGAGGGACGCCACAUUGUCUGCAUCCGUCCAGACAGAUGGACACCCAGUAAUUAUCCGAUUACUGAGAACAUUCGUGCCAUAUACUUAACGUUAGAAAAACUCAUUCAGUCCGAAGAGACCCAGGUGAAUGGAAUUGUAAUCCUGGCAGACUACAAAGGAGUCAGCUUAUCUAAGGCGUCUCAUUUUGGUCCUUUUGUAGCCAAAAAAGUGAUUGGAAUUCUUCAGGAUGGAUUUCCCAUUCGAAUAAAAGCUGUUAACAUAAUUAAUGAACCUCGUAUAUUCAAAGGCAUUUUUGCCAUCAUCAAGCCUUUUCUGAAGGAAAAGAUAGCAAACCGGUUUUUUCUUCAUGGCUCUGACCUGAAUUCUCUUCAUCAAAACAUUCCUCCAGUGAUUCUCCCUGAAGAAUACGGGGGUACUGCAGGGAAGCUGGACAUCUCAGCAUGGAACGAGCUGCUGCUGGCCUCUGAAGAGGAUUUCCUGCUUGACUUCUCACAGCUGGUUCUCCCGUGUGACAGCUCUCCCCAUGACAUGCUAGUGAGCGGGGAUGCUGAUGAAAAGCAAUGUGAUGAUUCCUUGCGAGGCAUGAAACCCCAGCUCUAUUACUGCUACUAAGAGGUGAAGGGAAGCUUUAUAGCAGUAAAGACCUCUUCUGUUCUUGUAGGUGAUGUUGUGAACUCUGCCUUACUCCUAAACCUGCAGUUUAGGAACAGACUGCUGAGGCACUUUACACUGUAGAACCAAAGGAAGCUGAAGAAGGCACAGUGGGGGCAGGGCAGAGUUUGCAGAGGAUAAUGGGAAAGAGCAUACAGUUACCAAGUUAUAUAGAAUUCCUACAGCUAGUCAGCCUUUGGGGAAGGUGCAAACUUGCCAAUGUCUUCUAAUUAUCAAAACAGAAAUGCAGGAUGGUAAGUUCUGAUAGUUUCUUCUCCCCACCCCAGUUAAAAGUGGCCAUUUGCUAGCUUUAUGGUUGUCCAUUCCCUUCUCCUUCUGAAAGCACCCAUAAUCCAAGAAAAACAGCUGUCAGUUGCUUCUGAACCCUGUGAAAUGUAGUUCUGUCAGUGGAGAUUGCUUAAAACCAUAAGCGUUUCUUGGCCUGUCCCCUAUCAUUGGGUGCAGAUUGUGAGCUGGCAUUUCUGGAAUAUCUGAAUGAAUAUUUGGCUCAAAUUAACAUAGAAAGCUUUCUUAUCUAUGAAUAGCAGUAUGGGAAUUCUCUGAAACUUUCUCACAGCAAGAAGUUAACUAUUAAGACAGCAAUAUAACAGGAUAAACAGAAGCAAUCUUCAUUUUCAGAAGACAGUGAAUUUCUCAGAUCAGGUAAUGAGACUUUUGAUUAAAUACAAGUUCAGAUACUGAGGUUUGGGAACCCAAUGCAAAAAGCUGUCACCCACCUUUCCACGUUGUCAGUUGUUCUCUUCUGCAGCUGGUUGCAAUGAGAAAGUUGGUAAGUAACUCUCACAGAAUUUGUGAGGCAGCUUUGUAGCAGCUGGCUGAUGUAAGGAGCCAACAUUCCCUAGGAAAGCAAGGUGCUUCUUAAGCUUGCUGUGUUGGACAGGAUUUGAAUUUAACUCUUUGUGAAACCAAACGCAGACAGGCUAUUUAAAGCACAUUCUUAAAUUUUCUGGUAUUGUAGCAUUUUCUUAUUUUAUUUUUUUUACUGUGCCUGUCUGCACUUUUGUGAAAUGUUACAACUCCAGUUUCUGCUUUGUUGAUCUCUUUUGUCUUUAGUUGUCAUGUUCUUGUAUGAAGAUAGACUUGAAUCUCAUCUCUGGAAUGUUUACCCAUAACUUGUAUGCCUGUGCUUAAAGGUCCUCAUCUAGAAACAGAACUAAGACUCCAGUGUCACAUCAGGGUAAAGUAUCCUACAUUUUAA